AUGUCUUGGUAUCAUUCAACAUUGUUAAAUACCGAUCGACGUCCAUCGCGUAUAAUUGCAAGUUGUAAACAAUUUUCACGACGUGUUAGUGUUGGUAUUUCACGAGCGGUUCGUCGUAUACAAGUACCAGAUAAUCGAUUGGAUGGUGGCCAAUCAAAAAAUCUUCAACAUCCACGUUCAUUAGAUGAAAUUGUUAAAUGCACUCGAUUUUCCAAGUCUGAAGUUCGUCUUCUUUAUCGAGGUUUUAAGCAGGAAUGUCCUAGUGGAAAUGUAAGCGAAGAACGAUUACGUGAAAUUUAUGUGCAAAUUUUUCCUCAAGGAAAUGCACUCAGAUAUACUCAUUUACUCUUUUCCGUGCUCGAUCGAAAUCACAAAGGAACAUUCACAUUUGAUGAUUAUAUAUUGACACUGUCAGUACUAUGUCGCGGAACGAUUGACGAGAAAUUACGAUGGAUUUUUCGUUUAUAUGACAUUAAUGGCGAAGGAUCAAUAACACGAGAUAGUGUUGCUGAAGUUAUUCUAUCGUUCUAUGAUCUUCUCGGUAGAUCUGUGCAACCUCGUGUCGAAGAAGAAGAUGUUCAAGAGCAUGUUGAUAGAAUUUUUGAAAGUAUUCUGUCAACAUCAACUGAAGAAAUAGCAUUAGAAGAUUUCAUCGAAUAUUGUAAACACAAACCUCAAUUAAUUGAAUCAAUUCAGACAUUAUCGUGUUGCAUAUAA